AUGGUCAAGCUCACCGAAUCAAUCGUCUAUAUUCGCACCAAGGCCAGCGUCGAGAAUGUUAAGAAAUUGAAUUUGUGGGGAUGCGACAUCGACAACAUUGAAAUAUGUGCCCAGAUGAAGAAGCUCGAGAUUUUGUCUUUGAGCAACAACAAAAUCUCGACGCUAACCCCGCUCAAGAAUUGCGAGAAUUUGACGGAGCUGUACUUGAGAAAGAAUGAUAUUGACGAGUUUUCGGAAUUGGAGAAUUUGCUAGGACUGAAGAAAUUGACAGUGUUAUGGAUUGAUGAUAAUCCUUGUACGGCACAUGGGGAUCAUCGAUUACGGAUUAUCCGAUUACUACCCCAAAUUACACGACUCGAUGAUAAGCCUGUGACAAUGGAGGAAAAACGGGCGGCGUCUCCUUCUUCAGAAUGGGGUCCCCCCUCACGCCUCUCAUCCCGACACCCAUCAACAGCAACACUAACUGAUCAGCCGAUUUCAUACGGAAAAGCCAUCGUGGAUACAAUGCUCCCCUGCCAAAUGCCCUCUUAUGGAUCGAUAAACGACUUGAGUGCUAUGAGCCAAUCAAUGUACCACCAACCCUCCAGAAACUCUUAUAUUGACCCGAUGACCCAGUCCAUGCACCCAAUGAUGUCUCAAAAUAUGAUGCAUAAUGCUGGGAUGAGCCAAUCCUUCCAUCCAAUGAUGAUGGAUCAAGAGGAGACGGAGCUGGAGGAAGAGGGAGAAUGGGCGGAUUUUAAUCUGGAGGAAGAGCGGCCAAGGAGUAUUGAGGGUAUAUCGACUCGAUUAUCGCAGCAAAGAUUAGAUGGGUCGCACUCGGCAAGAGAUUACCGUGGCUCGGGCACAAUGCCAAUGUCAAUGUCCCUCUAUCGAAGGAGCAUGAGCAUGCCGCGAAGGAGAACAGAGCGAACAACGUCAACAAGCCCAGCAAGGGAGCAACGUCAUCAAAAAUUAAUGGCCGCCAUCCGGGUCCUUUUGGAUGAAUUGGAUAUGGAUGGGCUACGCUCGGUAAUUGACGAGGCGCAGAAACGGUUGAAAAAGCAGCGA